GGUACCUGCGGCAGCCGGCAGAGGGCAGCCAGGGAGCGCGCCCGGCGUCAGGGCGGACCCCCGCCCCCCACCCCUCAGAUGUGACUCCCUGCCCCGGCUGGGCACUCCAGGCCAUGGCCGACACCAUCUUCGGCAGCGGGAACGACCAGUGGGUUUGCCCCAAUGAUCGGCAGCUUGCCCUGCGAGCCAAGCUGCAGACGGGCUGGUCUGUGCACACCUAUCAGACGGAGAAGCAGAGGAAGAACCAGUGCCUCAGCCCCACCGAGGUGGAGGCCAUCCUGCAGGUGAUCCAGAGAGCAGAGCGGCUGGACGUCCUGGAGCAGCAGAGAAUUGGGCGGCUGGUAGAGCGGCUGGAGACCAUGAGGCAGAACGUGAUGGGGAAUGGCCUCUCCCAGUGUCUGCUGUGUGGGGAGAUGCUGGGCUUCCUGGGAAGCUCCUCGGUGUUCUGCAAAGACUGCAGGAAGAAAGUGUGCACCAAAUGUGGGAUCGAGGCCUCCCCCGGCCAGAAGCGGCCUCUGUGGCUGUGUAAGAUCUGCAGUGAGCAGAGAGAGGUCUGGAAGAGGUCAGGGGCCUGGUUCUACCGAGGGCUCCCUAAGUACAUCCUGCCACUGAAGACCUCUGGCCGGGCCGAUGACCCCCACUUCCGACCGUUGCCCAUGGAGCCCACCGAGCAAAAGCCCAGAAGCACCGAGACGAGCCGCAUCUACACGUGGGCCCGAGGGAGAGUGGUUUCCAGUGACAGUGACAGUGACUCGGAUCUCAGCUCCUCCAGCCUGGAGGACAGACUCCUUCUGACUGGCGCGAGGGCCCCCAAAGGUGACAAACCCCAGAGGGAAUCAGGCGGCAGCACGGAGUCCCCCAAGAUGAGGCCCGCCUGCCAGCCCAGCCACCUCUCGGAGAGCCAGAGAAACCUGGCCAGUGAGACCGGGACUGGUUCUGCAGACACGCAGCUGGGCCCCCACCCUGGCCAGACCCCAAGGGCCCCGGCAAAAGGCACACCUGGGCAAGUCCCCGCUGCUGACAUGACCUCUGAAGUUCCUCUCUGUCUGCCCUGGCAGAGGCGUGAUUGGUGUGCGGAGCAGAUUUUCCAGUGGAAGAGUUUGAGAGCGAGAGAAAGCUGGAAGGGUCCCCAGACCCCUCCCGGCUCCUUCCUGACCGGUCUCGGAGCCCUCAGCUGGCCAGCCCUGUUGGAUAUGACCUCUGACUCAACAAACCAGUGUUUGUGGGGCUGGGUCUGCUUCCCCCCUCACUCAGUGCCUUUCUGCACCCUUCUCUCCCCAGCCAUUCCGCUCACCGUGACCUUUAUUUAUUGUCCUUUGCCUGCACCCUCCCUCGGCCUACCUCCAUGUUCAUUUUAAGUUUGUUCUUGUCUUGUGUUGGGGUGCAAGGGCCUUCAGGCCCUCCCACGUGCACUGCGGCUUUGGAGGGCACUGGGCUGGGCUUUCUCCAUAUUUGUAUUAAUGGAAGCAGAGUCCAACCCUGAACGUUGCCCUUCAGAGCUGAGCUUGGCCCCUAGAGACGAGCAGUGGGUCCAGAGAGUGUGGGAUGAGAGGCUUGCCCACCCUCCCUUUGCCUGUGACUCUGAAAGGUGGGAGCAACAUCCUCCCUUCAUUUGGGGCUGGCCCAGACACUAUGGUUAAAACCUGGUUCUUGCUUAGGUUUCCUGGAACCCUCUGUUGGCCUCCCCAAGUCUUGCUCAGCCUCUCUCCAGCUGGUGGAGCUGGGAAGGGUUCCGGUGGAUACUGUGAAUUCACUCAUUGGAGACCAGCCUUCAGCGGAGUCCCCAGCUGGGGUGCGAGGCUCCCCUGAGCCUUUAAUUCACUUCUCUUCAGUAGGUUCAGUUUGGCAUGAAAAAUAAGUAAUUCAGAGUGUGAGCAACUGCUUCUGGAAAACCCUUCCCUGAAGACAGAAAGAGAUUGAGUGAGAGAGAGAGAGAGAGAGAGAGAGUGUGUGUGUGUGUGUGUGUGUGUGUGUGUGCAUGCGUGUGUUGGCUUCUCUCAUCCUUCCUGCCACUCUCCCACUGGCCCCCAUACCUAGUUCUGGAAGGGCCUUCUCUCUGGGCUCUCAGGCCCCCACCGUUAGCUUUUUUGCCCUUGCUGCUGGCAGACAUAAAAAGACUGUUUCUGUGUGACAAAUCAUGCUUCAGAAUUCAAUAAAGAUUAGAAUUUGCAUUGA